AUGCAGAUCUUCGUCAAGACACUAACGGGCAAGACCAUCACCCUCGAGGUCGAGGCGUCGGACACGAUCGAGAAUGUGAAGGCCAAGAUUCAAGACAAGGAGGGCAUCCCCCCGGAUCAGCAACGCCUGAUUUUCGCCGGAAAGCAACUCGAGGACGGCCGAACACUUUCCGACUACAACAUUCAAAAGGAGUCGACCCUCCAUCUUGUUCUUCGCCUGCGAGGAGGUAUCAUCGAGCCGUCCCUCCGACAACUAGCCCAGAAGUACAACUGCGAGAAGCAGAUCUGCCGCCGCUGCUAUGCCCGUUUGCCGCCGCGUGCCACCAACUGCCGCAAGAAGAAGUGCGGACACUCCAACGAUCUGCGCAUCAAGAAGAAGCUGAAG